UUGUAGCCCCAACGAAACGCUCUCGUCUGGUCGGAGGAGAUUCAUUUCGUGUCCGGCAUUCCGCACUUGUCCGGCUUGCCGUCAGACGCCGUCCACCGUUGUCAGCCCUUCGUCUAGUAGUGAAAAAGGAACAAUCAAAUUACUUGUUGAGAUUAUGGCGGAUAAAGAUGAGGAUUUGCCCAGGGAUGCGAAAAUUGUGAAGUCCCUCUUGAAAUCAAUGGGAGUGGAGGACUAUGAACCUCGUGUCAUACACAAGUUUCUGGAGUUGUGGUAUCGCUACGUUGUUGAAGUAUUGACGGAUGCCCAAGUAUAUUCUGAGCAUGCUAGCAAAUCUGCAAUUGAUUGUGAUGAUGUUAAGCUUGCUAUUCAGUCAAAGGUUAACUUUAGCUUCUCUCAGCCACCACCUAGAGAGGUGCUUCUGGAGUUGGCACGUAGCCGCAACAAGAUACCGUUACCGAAAUCAAUAGCGGGUCCUGGCAUUUCUCUCCCUCCUGAUAAGGAUACACUAAUCAGUCCUAACUACCAACUGGCAAUUCCAAACAAAAGGCCUCCCCAACCAAUGGAGGAAACCGAGGAUGAAGAAGCUGCUGAUCCCAACCCCUCUCAGGAAGACAAGACAGAUAUGCAGCAAAAUCCUCAACAAAGGGUGUCCUUUCCCAUCGGCAAACGCCCUAAAACCUAACUCUUUCAUGUGCGGACGGAGACUAGAAGAUGGGAAGAUUGAAAAAUGUACGUGUUUGCACAAAUUGUCAAGUAGGUCCUGACAUCCCGGUGGCAAAUGAGUUGAAGCUCAGAUAUGAAUUUUGCGCUCAUCUUAGUGUAACUUCAGAUGAGAGUGAAAAAAUUAUGCUUCUUUUAUGUUAUGUACUUAUUAGAACAAAAAUAUUUAAAAUGUUAACUUAAAAAAGUGCGCAAUGGAUGGAGUGAAGAAUUGCAACAAAUUCCAUGGAAUUGAAGUUUGACCCAUGUUUACCUUUUACGUUGUGAGGCUCAUAAUGCCAUUGGGGAAGACAACCAUGGACAAGCCAAGAUAAAGAUUUCUAGAUUCUCAUUUGUGUUUUGGAGCUUUGUAUCAAACCACUCAAUAAAAACUUCCAUAUUUUCUUGAUCUUA